AAAGAAAAUUCCCGCCGUAUCGUACGGUUUCCAUAACGAAACCCCCCAAGUCCUUUAAAUUGACUACCUGCCCAACACCGACCCAUCCCAACGAAACGAAAGCUAAACGGACUCGACUCAAAGAGAAACUAAGUGAGAACUGAGAACGAGAGGUUGCGUAUUUGAAUUUUUGAACAACAAGCUCACGGUGGAUAUGAAAAGCAAAAGCGCCAAGGGGAAUUGGAGCAUGACGACGAGGAAGCUACCGUCACCGGCGGUCCUCCUCUUAAGCUUCUUCUUCUUCCUCGUCGUCGCCGGCUUCUUCGCCUCUUCUCGCCUCUCCGAUCAGAGACCGAGACGGCUCGAGUCGAUCAACGAGGGAAGAGAGUACAGUUUAUUGAAUCCUGGAGAGACCGGAGAUGAUUCUGUUACUUCAAUUCCCUUUCAGGUUUUGAGCUGGAGGCCGCGGGCUGUAUAUUUUCCCAAUUUUGCAACACCAGAACAAUGCCAAAGCGUAAUAGAAAUGGCAGAGCCGCGUCUUCGACCAUCAACCUUGGCUUUACGACCGGGAGACACAGAAGAGAGCAUAAAGGGAAUCAGAACAAGUUCUGGCGUAUUUCUUAGUGCCGAGGAAGACAAAACUGGGAUUUUGGAUGUGAUUGAGGGAAAAAUUGCAAGGGCGACAAUGCUUCCCAGGAACCAUGGAGAGGCGUUCAACAUCUUGCGAUAUGAGGUUGGGCAGUUGUAUAAGUCUCAUUAUGACGCAUUCAGUCCUGCCGAAUAUGGCCCACAGAAGAGCCAAAGGGUUGCUUCUUUCUUGUUGUAUUUAUCUAAUGUUGAAGGAGGAGGGGAAACUAUGUUUCCAUUUGAGAAUGGCUUCAACAUGGAUGCAAGCUAUGAUUUCCAAGACUGUAUGGGCUUGAAAGUGAAGCCACGCAAAGGGGAUGGACUUCUAUUUUAUUCACUCUUCCCAAAUGCUACCAUUGAUCCGACGUCGCUUCAUGGCAGCUGUCCCGUAAUUAAAGGUGUAAAAUGGGUGGCUACAAAGUGGAUUCGGGAUCAAGAACAAGAUGAUUAAAUAGUUGUACCUGCAAUCAGUUUUGUUUUGAUCCGACUGUUUAGCAUGAAAUAUUCUUGGAGUUUUGACAAACUUUCACAUUGGCCGGUAAUAUCUCAUGUCAUAUCAUCCUUCUAUUUUUUGUGAACACGGUCACGGAGGGAGG